AUGACGUCGGAAAAUAGCCCGGGCCACGUCGCCCACCAAGCAGACACAUCCGCAUCCCAAAACGUCCGACAGCAGCGAGACUCGAUUUCAAAUACGCCGCCCACAACUGCUGUCCAGCAGGAUGUGUUUCCGAACUCGACCGGCCCCACCACAGAGCCAUUAUCGCUACCUGAACAUUCGUCCACGGGCAUACAAUCGCAUAACCGAAGCAGAUCACGAUCGAGGUCAAAUUCUCGUAAACUCUCGAUAGGACGGUUUUUCAGCUUUGGACAGGACUCUGCACAAUCAAAGGCCUACGUGCCUGAGCAAAGCACAACUCCGACUAUUGAUGAAUCGUCCGCCAACCAUCUUCAGACCCCACCAACGACGAGCGACGAGGCACAUCAGGAUUACUUCAAUCUGAACGUCUCCAACGGAGAACUAGACGAUGAUGAGAUUACUAAGAACAGCGCACUAACCAAAAUCAAAAAGAUCUUCCGAUUCAACUCCGUCGCCGACCACGAAGACCUGCAUCCUGCUCAGGAAGGACCGGUAAUAGGAGACGAAGAGGAAGAACGUCAAGAAAGCAACGGCAACUCACUUAUGAAGAAAUUCCGCCGCAUGAGGUCACCCUCCAGCCCUGUUCAGCCGUAUUCUGUGCCGUCGAUCUCGCUCACCGCAGCCUCCGAAGAGUGCGAUAUCGCAGAACAGGACUACAUCAACCCUGUUGACGACUUUCAAGUCAAAUUGAAGCACGAUUAUUCUGUAAAUAACUCAACCACAACAUUAUACAAUGCAUCCUCAACGGAGGACCGCCUGCCUCCGCCCCGGAGAUCAACGACAUAUCAAAACAUAUUGGUGAGAUCAAGGUCACAAACUCCAGCGAUUCUAGGUCGCCUGGCAGCUCUGGAAGAAACUAUUCGAGCACAGGAAUAA